UCCAUGGUUCCUACUGUUCCAUGGUUCCCACUGUUCCAUGGUUCCCACUGUUCCAUGGUUCCUACUGUUCCAUGGUUCCAAGGUUCCACUGUUCCUACUGUUCCAUGGUUCCUACUGUUCCAUGGUUCCAAGGUUCCAUGGUUAUACUGUUCCACGGUUCCAAGGUUCCACUGUUCCUACUGUUCCAUGGUUCCAUGGUUCCACUGUUCCUACUGUUCCAUGGUUCCAUGGUUCCAAGGUUCCACUGUUCCUACUAUUCCAUGGUUCCAUGGUUCCACUGUUCCUACUGUUCCAUGGUUCCAAGGUUCCAUGGUUUACUGUUCCAUGGUUCCAUGGUUCCACUGUUCCUACUGUUCCAUGGUUCCAAGGUUCCACUGUCCUACUGUUCCAUGGUUCCAAGGUUUCACUGUUCCUACUUUUCCAUGGUUCCCAGGUUCCAUGGUUCCUACUGUUCCAUGGUUCCAUGGUUCCAAGGUUCCACUGUUCCUACUGUUCCAUGGUUCCAAGGUUCCAUGGUUCCUACUGUUCCAUGGUUCCAAGGUUCCAUGGUUAUACUGUUCCAUGGUCCAAGGUUCCACUGUUCCUACUGUUCCAUGGUUCCCACUGUUCCAUGGUUCCUACUGUUCCAUGGUUCCCACUGUUCCAUGGUUCCCACUGUUCCAUGGUUCCCACUGUUUCAUGGUUCCUACUGUUCCAUAUGGUUCCUUCCGUUCCAUGGUUCCCACUGUUUCAUGGUUCCUACUGUUCCAUGGUUCCCUCCGUUCCACUGUUCCAUCGUUCCUACUGUUCCAUGGUUCCAUGGUUCCAAUUAUGGUUCCCACUGUUCCAUGGUUCCCUCUCCGUUCCAUGGUUCCGUCCGUUCCAUGUUCCUACUGUUCUAUGGCUCCUAUACUGUUCCAUGGUUCCUACUGUUCCAUGGUUCCUACUGUUCCAUAAAUCCCACUGGUCCACUGUUCCAUGCAUGGUUCCUACUGUUCUGUGUUCCGUGCUGUUCCAUUGUUCCAUGGUUGUUCCAAGAUUCCUACUGUUCCAUGAUUCCCACUGUUCCAUGGCUCCUACUGUUAAUGUUCCAUGCCACGUUCCAUGGGUCCAUCGGACCCUAUACUGUCAUGGUUCACUGUCCUGUGUCACACGGCAUCAUGUGGCAUGGUUUCCACGCCAUGCAUGCACUUGGUUAUUGUUGUGGAUACAUAUUAACCACCAUACAUUACUGUGAGGGUUUAAAUCCCUCCUUUUGGUGACCACAAACCACAUGUUUGCACAUGCUGGUUCAUCUCCACAUGUUUGCAUGCUGGUUCUUGUAAGUAUCUACAUGAUCUAGAAUCCAGAGCUGUAAGUGUUGAUCAAUCAAGUUGUUGGAGGUGAGUUAUUGAUAGUUUUCAGUACAUGUGCUAUACUAUUAUUAUAGGCUAGAUUUAAUAGAAUCAUUGAGCCUCAGUCAAGUUUCCAGAUUUCGUUGCCAGUGUCAUCUAUAUGAUAUAUAUUAUAGAUAUUCUAGAGACCCAGCAAGUUAAUCAGAACUCAACAGAACUGAUCAAGCUAUAUAAAAGGCCGGCCUGCAGAUGGACGACAAUGACAUAAUUAUUAGCCCCAGUCAGCAGAGCACUUCAAGUAGAUCCAGUACCGCGACAACGUCGACAUCAAGUCAGCCAAGUCAGCGAAGUGAAUUCUUUGUGAACUGGGAGGAUGCCAGUGUCCAUGUCGUGUUUGAAGAGUGGUGAGCACUCCAACAUCAAAGCAGAUUUCGCGAUCAAGUUGACUGGCAUGAUCGAAGCCGGGUGUAACACUGCAUGGGUACAUGGCACUCAUGAAGAGAAGGAUUAACAUGCAAACAAAGGAAUGUUUCUUUACCCUGGAUUCCGCUCAGUUUCGAAGCAAGUUCAUGAAUCAAAUCAAUAGCUCUUUUGGCAGUGGGGGAAUGUCAAUAGCACUCAAUGAGCAACAGUUUUCUUCCUUCAUACAACACCUUAAAAAUGAAAGUGGCGCUGGGUUGCCAAUCAAAAAAGCCGCUUGUGUGAUUGGCCGGCAACCUUGUAACGAAGUGUGGGUGCUGGGAAAGGACUUGCAGAUUGAUUCUGAAGGCAGACAAGUCCAGGUAUCGGAGAGCAAGUACAUGUGGUUAGAUCACAGUGUUGUCGGAGAAGUCACCAACAUUCCAUCACGAGACCUGCUUCCAGUGAUCAAACUUCCCCUGACCAACACAGGGCUAGCAAUAAAACGCUUGGUUUCUGCUCUGAAGCUCACCAUCAGACACAAUUACUUCAGUUCACUGCUGACAGUUGUUGGAGGGGUCAUGGCCAUGCAUUACACCUAUCUGGUCAAGGUGUAUAAAGGAUGCCCCAUAGUGUAUGCCGUUGGUCCUUCUGAGACCGGAAAGUCUACAUCAAUUAGGGCUGCUCUUGCAAUCUCUGGAUGUUCUCAGGCGAUGUAUGUCAAGGGUUCCAAUGCAUUCUUUCUCGAAAGAUCGGCGGUAUCUUCCUUGCCGUAUGCCAUUGAUGACCCCCCCAAGGCUAGGUCCAAGAACAACUCUGUGGAUGUGAAUGACCUCAUUGUGGACUUGCACGAUGGCUGCAAAACAGCAAACCUCAGGAGUGGGCCCCUGAAACCUAUCUCGAUUCCAUUGGUGGCAUCCAACUUCAGCCAGAAGCAGGAAGAUAGAGUAACUACACGUACGUGCACCGUGUCCUUUGUCCUGCCCACCGUUGGGCCCACAACAAUGGAGGAAGAGGAAAAUUGGGCAGAAUUGGAUGACAUCAUUAGUGGAGGGGAGCUGUCAUCAUGUAUCGGUUGGGCUAUUUCUAUCGGAGAAUGCCCAACCCUGCAGGAAGAAGUAAUGGCCAUCAAAGACAAGCUUAGGCACUCGGUUGAGGGGAGAAAGUUAAAGAAUUGGGCCAUUCUUCUCUACUUUGUGAAGAAGCUUCUUUGUGUUGGCAAUGAACAUGAGGACGAGGAACCCCAAGAAUUCCUAAACAUUUUGGAUUAUGUCCGAGAAGGUGUGCGCUCCACACAGUCACCGACCACUCUGCCGACUAUUCUGGACCCAGACAGUGUGUUAAGCACAACAUUAACCAACAUUCUCAACUUCUGUCGCACCAAAAGUCUGAAAGAUGUGAACGUGUUCGCUCGCUGUGGGUGCUAUGUCCGGAAGCAAAAUAAUCAACGAAAGGAAGUUUUUGCUGUCGUACUUGAAGAUGUAGGAUCUGCUCUUACGUAUUCUCGAGCCGAAGUUAAACAUAUUGUGGAAACCUCGAAUUAUGGGACGUCGAGUUCCCACCGCUUCCUGCAGGGCACUCAUGAUUCAAAGAAGAGAAGAUGUCUAGCGUUUUAUGUCGACAACAUUCCUGAAAAGCUAAGAAGCAAACUGUUGGACGUCACAACAAAGGAGUCGUACAACAUUCAUUGGAGCCUCGAUGACGAUGAUGGUGUAGAGGAUGGCAAGGAUGAUGAUCCCCUCCCCCCCAGCCACAAGGAGGACGACGACCCCCUCACCCCCAGCGACAAGGAGGACGACGACCCCCUCCCCACCGAUAGUGAGAAGAAAGACAAUGAUCCUCCCCCCAGUGACAAGGAGGACGACGACCCCAUCCCCAGCUUAGGUGACAAGAAAGAUGACGAUCUUCCCCCCAGUGACAAGGACGACGACGACCCCCUCUCCAGCGUGGGUGACACUAAAGAUGACGAUCUUCCCCCCAGUGACAAGGAGGACGACGACCCCCUCCCCAGCGUGGGUGACACUAAAGAUGACGAUCUUCCCCCCAGUGACAAGGAGGACGACGACCCCGUAGGUGACACUAAAGAUGACGAUCCCUCCCCCAACGACAACAAUCCCCCCCCUAGCGAGAAGGCCAAACGUAAGAGAAUCACUUCAGAAUUCGAACCUGCUGCUGCUGCAAAGAAAAAACGUUUGGGGGAAGCAAGUCUCUUACGUGAUGGCCUCGGGAAGUCGUACACACCCAAAAAUCUGAAGAGGCGUACCCGCAACUCUAAAAAGAACUAACUGCCUUUGCAUUGUCUGAUUUCUAGUAUUACGUGCAACGUACCCCUUACUUUUGUUUGCUACAAUGACAUUCUUUAUUGCUGGCUGAUUCAGCGAUAGUUUAUCUAUAUGCAAAAUAUUAUACGUACAACCCCUUUAUUAUUAUUAUUGCUGGCUGAUUCAGCGAUAGUCCAGUAUUAUUCUUUACGUUAGGCUGUGUAAUGUUCAAAAAAUUUAUGAUCAUAACAAAAUGAUUUUUCUCCUUACAAUGUCUAGUAACUUUCAAUAUAGAGUCUAUCAACACAUUUUAAAACAAGCAAUGUCCGGUUUACAAUUGACCCUUCUUUAAAUCAUCAUACUUAAGCUUACU